CUUCCCUGAAAACUACUACGACUGAGCCACUAACACUCAGAAGAAAACGAAAUCGAAUCGCAUACAAAAUGAAAUUCGCAAUUCUACUGCUUGCCGUUACCAUUGCCUGCGCCAAUGCACAGGGUCCAGUCUUUGGUGGUUUUGCCGCGGCCAAUCCCUAUGCAUCUGCCUUCAAUCCUUACCUGAAUGGCAUGUUCGCUAACGGUCCACCCGGCGCAGCUGCUGCUCCUGGUGCUGCACCAGCUGCUCCAGCUGUUGCGCCACCAGCACCCACAUUCGGUGGCUUCUCUGUCACCGCCUUCUUCCAGUCGGUGGUGCUGCAAAAGGAAGCCGAGAAGCUGCUUAACCAGCCCAAUUUCCCAGCUGACUUGGCCGAGCGGGUGCAGGAUGUGAUGACCAAUACCCAAACAUCUUUCGCCAACUGCGGAACUGCAGUGCUGCCUUGGAUGCAGAUUCGCUGCAUUAAGCCCAUUCUGAUGGCCGCCAAGAACGAGCUGAAAGCCAUCGAUGAUGAGUUCCAGGCACGCCUAGCAGCCACCACCGCCGCACCCGCAGCCGCCCCCGCUGGCCCUAAGGCCUAAAUAUUCAACUAAAAGCAAUACACCAACAUAGUAUAGAUUCGAUAUACUUACUUAAAUAAAGCAUAAGCCCAGCAAGCAAA